AUGGCUCCAAGCAGAAAUUUUCCUUGCUCCGACAGUCCAGAUGACAAGGAUUCUACACCUAAUAGGAGUCCUAUUCAGGAAUCAUGGGUAUCAGCAAAUGCUAACCAAAAUGGGGUAGGGCCAGAGCAAAUAAAGAGUAAUGAGGCUAGGGGAGCUAGUUCUAAACAACCAGGGGAAAGCUUGGGGAAUGUUGGGUGUCAACAGCUUUCAAAGAGUUUUGAACAUGAAGCGGGUGGUUCUGGUAAAGAGGCAAUGAUAAUAGAAGAAACACAGACAGACAAGGCAGUUCCUGAGAGUUUUGGUCAGAGACCUGUGUGUAAAUAUAAUCUGAGAAAGAAGCCAGCUAUUGGGUGGAGAAGAAGAGUACCAUCAAAGAGGAAUGUGAUCUCUAUCCCUGAAACCUACUGCACACAUCAUGAAAAAGGUUCUAUGAAGAGAAGUAGAGCUCUGGAUCGAUGGCAUUUGGAAAAACCUAUUGGGACAAGAGGUGGUCUAUUGCUUCUAUGGGACCCUAAUAUUGAGGUUCUCCAAAUUCUGGGGAAUGAGUUCUGCUGUCAAGUGGAAGUGAGAGGGCCUAAUAUGUCAGCUGGAUGUUGGUUGAUAGAAGGGAAAGAACUCAUCAAUGGGAAUUUCUUGAAGAGAGUAAGCCGCUGUCGGCGAUUGUCGCCACUGGGACUGGCAGCCAGGGCUCGUGAGUCCGCCAUUAAUGGCGGGCGUGUUAAAAAAAAACAGCGUUUUGACCGCCAAUGGAAUUCUGGCGAGAGGACGCCUACUGGGGUUAUUUUAGUAUUGUACAUAGCAGCACUGCGACUCUCAUUGAAAGCUUGCGGCUUCGGUAAUGAAGGGUCAGCCAGAAUAAAAACAGCAACACAAGAACCGGGAUGGACGGCCCAAAGAGCUGUCCCAAAUGAGUACCCAAUCGGUUCAAUUCGACAACAACGGUCUGACAUGAACCGUCGGGCUCUGACGGUGGAGGUUGGGCACCGUCGGCUCAAGGGGAAGCGAUUCGUACGGCAACGGCAUGUUUCGAAUCGGCGGUAG